CUUCUUUAACUGGUAAUGCUUCUUCUCUUUGGAGGGUCCAUCACUCCCCCCACCUUUCUCAUCUGCCUCGAAGGCUCUCCAUGCAAAAUGCUGCUUUGCCCAGAAGAUGGUGGAUCACGGUCAGUCUGACAUGUAGAGUUAUGCUCUGUAUAUAUGUGUGUAUAGUACAGUACAGUGCAGUACAGUACAGUAGCAAUGUACAUUCAAACCCAGUCCUGGACCCAAUAAAAAACCCAGAGUAAGAAGCCAGGGCCGGUUGUCUCUCUCUCUUUCUCUCUUUCUUUGUUUUCCAGAGUACAUAGUUUAGUUAUAAGCACGAUGAGCCGAGACGACGAAUACGAUUAUCUUUUUAAAGUUGUACUUAUUGGUGACUCUGGUGUUGGCAAGACGAAUCUCUUGGCUCGAUUUACUCGUAACGAGUUCAAUUUGGAAUCCAAGAGUACCAUUGGUGUAGAGUUUGCUACUCGUAGUGUUCAGGUUGACAACAAGACCGUCAAGGCACAGAUCUGGGAUACAGCGGGUCAGGAACGUUACCGAGCCAUCACAAGCGCAUAUUACCGGGGUGCCGUAGGCGCCUUGUUGGUCUACGAUAUUGCAAAGUAUGCCACCUACGAGAACGUGACACGAUGGCUCAAGGAGUUGCGCGAUCAUGCAGAUUCGAAUAUUGUUGUCAUGCUCGUCGGUAAUAAGAGUGAUUUGAAACAUUUGCGUGCCGUUCCCACCGAAGAAGCUAAACAAUUUGCUGCCGAUAAUGGGCUUUCGUUUAUUGAAACGUCUGCAUUGGAUUCGAGUAACGUUGAGUUGGCAUUCCAGCGUAUCUUGACAGAAAUCUAUCGCAUCGUGUCCAACAAGGCUCUCGAAUCAUCCAAUGAUGUAAUCAAGCCUACGGCGGGUGAGACUAUCUCGGUGUCCCAGCAACCCGAGGAAAAGCAGGGUGGAUGCUGUUAGAAGGAAAAAGAACCCCCAGUAGUUUUUAUUUUUUUUUUGAUUUACAUUGACACAAAAAAGAUAUUUCUUAUAUAAUUUAUUUUUUUAUUUAU